AUGGCUAGAAAAACUUCAGCCUUCGACCUCGCCAAAUGCACCCGGCCGAAUAUACUGAAGUUGCGUCCCUACAGAUGUGCUCGAGACGACUACAAAGACGACGGCAAGAAUAUCCUCCUUGACGCAAACGAGAAUGCCUACGGCCCCGGAUUGGUUCUUCCUCCGAAUGGAAUUCACGGGAAUGAGUCCGUUACCCAAACCCAGGUCGACUUUCUCGGGUUGAACAGAUACCCAGACCCUCACCAGAUCGCAUUGAAAGAACGAUUUUGUCGAUUGAGAAACACACACACACAUUCAGACAAGGAUCUGCGGCCGGAAAACUUAUUUUGCGGUGUAGGCUCCGAUGAAGUCAUUGAUGCCCUCCUGCGAUGUUUCUGCGCACCUGCCAAAGAGAAGAUUUUAACCUGUCCUCCCACAUAUGGGAUGUACGCUGUCAGUGCGGAUGUGAAUGACAUUGAAAUUGUCCAUGUCCCACUCAACCCCGAUGACGGCUUCUCGCUGCAACCUCAAGAGAUCUUGAACAAACUCUCCUCAGACGCGUCGAUAAAAAUGGUGUAUAUCUGUUCACCAGGAAAUCCUACCGCGAGUCUGAUUCGCAAGGACGAUAUCCAGCAAAUCCUUGAACAUCCGACAUGGAAUGGCAUAGUCGUGGUAGAUGAGGCAUAUAUUGAUUUCUCCCAGGAAGGAUCGAGUCUUGCCGAAUGGGUCCUCGAAUGGCCGAACCUGGUCGUCAUGCAAACGCUGAGUAAGGCAUUUGGUCUGGCGGGCAUACGGCUGGGGGUCGCUUUUAGCAGCCCUGAGAUCGCGGCUCUGCUCAACAAUAUGAAAGCACCAUACAAUAUCUCCAGUCCUACCAGUGUCAUUGCCACAGCAGCAUUACAGGACGAAAAUCUCGCGGUUAUGCGACAAAACAAAGCAAAGAUCCUGCAGCAACGGGACAGGCUUCUUCGAGAACUUCCACGAGUACCGGGAGUUGGACGGUUCCGUGGAGGAACAGAUUCGAAUUUCUUACUCGUUGAAAUUCUGGACAACCCACGGGAGAAAGGUGGACGACCUGAUAACACCACAGCCCUCACGGUAUACGAGACGAUGGCGGGGCAGCGGGGAGUCGUCGUGAGAUUUCGAGGUAAGGAAUACGGUUGCCGGGGCUGUCUCCGGAUUACGGUAGGUACCGAGAGCGAGGUGGAUCGAUUUCUGGGUGAACUCAAGUCAGUGCUACAGCAGAUUUUUUCACAAGGUUCACAAGUCAAUGGAGUCAAGGAAACGGGAGAGGUUGGUCACGGGGAGGAGCAGCGCGAGGCAAGAGCCAACCGCGUGAUAUCAUAA